AUGGAACGCACCUUCUCCCAUAUCCCUUUUGCGGGAUGGAGUAUUCUGCUGGUGAUCUUCAUACCCAUCCUAGGACAAGCUGUGCAUCGCCGGUGGUUGCAUAGCCUAAGCAAGUACCCAGGACCUUGGUUUAACAGCGUAUCGAGUAUCCCAAGCGCAAUUGCAGCUUUCCGCGGCGUCCAACACCUGUACAACUACAAACUGCAUCAGAGAUACGGACCAGUAGUUCGGAUAUCUCCCGAUGAACUGAGCUUCACCGAGUCGUAUGCUUGGGAACAGAUCUACGGUAAUCGUCAUGGCGACGUGAUGGAGAAAGCACCUCUCUUUAUCGGUGUUGUAAAGCCAAUCGAUGGCUGUGUUGGCAUUGGCCUCGCUAAAGGAUCUGAGCAUACCAGACAGCGACGCGCAAUGGCCGUCGGCUUUACGAAGCCCGCUCUCAUGGCGCAACAGGAAAUAUUGGAGGUUCAGACCGCCAAAUUAAUCCACGCCGUCAAGACACAAGGGAAGAAUGGUAAAGCUCUGAACAUGAGCGAUUGGUUAUCCUUUACGACAUUCGACAUCAUCGGUGACCUAUGCUUUGGCGAGUCUUUCCAUUGCUUGGAUGAGGGCGUUGCAACAGAAUGGGCGCUGGCAACUACGAAUGUUCUCAUCUCCUCAACUCUGGACAUGGCCGUUCGGAGAGUCACAGGAGUCGGUACAUGGCUCAACCAGAUGGCGCAAAAGCUCAUGCCAAAGGAAGCGAUGAAAUGGAGGAUGAUAACCUUUAUGAACACGAAGAAGAAAACCUUCGACCGUCUUGCUGACGAAACCUCUUCUCACAAGGACGUUAUCUAUCAUAUACAGCGCAACAAAGACGCACGAAAGACUCUUGCACCUACAGAGCUCCUCCUCAACAUGACACUUCUUGUCACCGCGGGCUCCGAAACCAUUUCCACUCUUCUCGUUACUUUCAUGUACAAUCUCUGCGUCCAUCGCGAGAUUCACAAACGUCUCGCUACCAUGAUUCGCACGACCUUCGCGGAUCCAAGUGACAUCACGCUGCAAAAGUUGGAAGAAUUGGUCUACCUCGACGCGUGUAUCAAAGAAGCGCUGCGCAUCUUCCCACCAGUCAGUUCAAAUCUUCCUCGUGCAGUCCCAGCAAAGGGUGCACAAAUCGGUCCGCAUAUACUUCCGGGGGGUUCGCUAGUCUCCGUAGCUCCAUGGGCAGCAGUGCGGUCUGAAAGCAACUUCCAUCUGCCAAACGAAUUCCACCCCGAGCGAUGGUUGCGCAACCACCCCGAACAGGGAUGGGACCCAGCUUUUGAGAAUGACAGGUUGUCCGCGUCGACACCGUUUGGAGCUGGACCAAAACAGUGCAUGGGCCAAAGCUUGUCAUACUAUGAGAUUCGUUUGAUAGUGGCGCAUCUACUCUGGGCUUUUGACUUUGAGCUGGAGACGGAGGGCGUCAAGGGCACAAAGAAUCAGUUGUGGAGUCUGAGUCCCUCCACCGAGCUUCUCAGAUCGUAUCAGACACUCAACCGACCGGAAUUGUAUAUUCGGUUCAAAGAACGGGAGAUGGUAUAG